CUGUAGUACUAGUAUCUAUCCUGACGUCCGAGGAGGUUGGGCUGUUGUGAGAGCUCUGCCGCCUCUCAUUCACACACAGUUUCGGGUGUAUCACCGAGUCGUGUGGAUCAAUCUCGAGGGUGAUAAUGUCUCCUGCCCCUCGUCCUGGGGUGGUCAUGAAUUCAAUCAGUUGUUGCUUCACCUUGAGAAGAGUGCACGAGUCUGGGGCAACAAACAGAUGUACACGUUUGUCGAGACUCCAUAUGUAGAAUACUGAGUUGGCGUGUAGAACUUGUCUCCUUCCGGGACCUGAGAGUACCUGAAGGGCAGUACUUGCCUGCUGCUGGAGAAAACUAAAGCAUUCGAGGGGUUUUGCCCACCUGUCGGAUCUACUCGUAUAUCACCUGAAUUUCGCAUUUGACUUCUGCUGGACUUGGAGUACCCGUAGCCGGAGAACCAGUACCCGUGGAGCAUAACAGUACCUGCCUGGAGACGCUGAAGGAGGAACCAUGUCGGUGGGGGACUCCGUCACGUACCUUCCCCCGGAGCUGCGACCCUCCCGGACCCCCUCCUUCGCCUCCCUCAAUAAAGAAUUUUCCCUCCUUAAGCCAGGGAAACAAGAUUUGCUGCGAGGACCCCGACGUGUGGUGAGGCUGUGUCUGUGCUCCCUCGUACUGCCGGCUGUGCUCAUCACUAUCCCACUGUACGUGCGUCUUGUCCUCUACCCUCCUGGCCACUACCCUAUGAUGCCCACUGACCAGCGCCUCCUUAGUCGACACGUCUCCAGCCUCUGGUGCCAGGCGCAGACCACACACAUGGACGGCAACUUUAAUGGUUACCUACUGAAGGGCGCCCCAUCCAAGGAUUCCCAGCGUCGUACCCAUGUCAUGCUCAACAAAUUGGUCCUCAAGGACGACGUGAAAGAGUAUUGGGGCUUCUACUUCCUCAAGGGCUCCACUAUCACCAUCUCUCUCUGCUCCAGGUGGGACGGAGGCCAGCUGAUGAUUCUCCGAGGGUUGGAGAACCUGCAUCGCUGCGCCUGGAUCGGAGAGGAGGACUCAGCCGAGGACAUGGUGGAAGAUGAUGACGUCGCCAGCAAUGAACGCCAUAAGCUGGAGGAGCAGUCUAUGAGAGGUGGUCCGAAUGUCUUCACAACGCCUGAAGAACUUCCUGACGUAGAAAGAUCUUCAUUUGCUCAACAAGGGCAUUCAGCUCCUGCAGGUGAUCCUUCUCCUCCACAUCAUCUCCAGUCAGAAGAGCGUCGUCAGAGCAUCAGUGAGCUCCUGCGGAAAGCCAUCAAGAUGAGCAAAGGCAAAUCGGAGAUACUUAGAAUCCUUCAUGCUGAGCGUAAAGCUCACAAUGCUGAAAAUCAGCUUCAAGACAAGAGUCAAUUCUUCGAAACUAAUACCGAAAACUCUACAGCUGGUGCAGUCAAACUCGUCAUGGAUCUUGAUGAGGUAGAAAAAGUGACAAGCAACCAAACUGAUAUGAGGAGAGAUGCAUCAGCAGCUCACGACCUCCCACAACGGCUGAAAAAAGUCAGCAGGAAACUAAAAAGUGAAACACGAAAAGAUAAGCGAAGACGUGAAAAGAAAAAGAGGAAGAAAGGUAACCCCCGUGAUGAAAACCUCACUAAGGAACUCUUCCCUAAAGAUGACAAUUUAACACGAUCAAGAGCUAAGAGAUUCAUCGAAGACAAAAUUGAUAAUGAAAAUGGUGCUUUCGAAGAACUGGACUCUGAUGAUAUUUUGAGUGUAAUAAGUGAAGUAACUUCCAAUCAGGGAAGGAGGAACUUUUCGUCAGUGGAGCGGGCAAUUGGAGGCGAGAUCUUUUUUCCCGAGGGCUUAAAGUUUGAGAGAGGAAGGUUUAAUCAGUCAACAGCAAAUGACAAUUCGAAUGAAGAACACAGGUCAUCGUACUCGAGCAGCGAAGAGGCUCUGGCCAGCUGUGAAGGGGUCAUUCUCACCCUGCCAUUGGUGCCUUACAGGAGCUGCAGCUACCAAUCCAUAGAGAUGAACAAGAUUGUUUAUGAUAUCCCCAUCACGGGAACUUACUACUUUGUAUUCUCCAGCGACAACGAGAUCUAUGUCAAUGAUCUGUAUUUCAACAUGACAAUGGAGAGGGUUGUAUACAACACCAAAGAGUCGGAGGAGCUUUGUGUCAACACCACAGACUGUACCAUGCCACUCAAGUUCUGGUCUGAAGAACAGGCGGUGGUGGAAGUGCCACAGGAGGGUAGGUGGGACCAUGCCUACAUCCUGGAUACCAAAUGUGAGCCUCGUGUGUAUAUGUACCUCACCAUGCUCCUGCUGGUGCCACUGUGUAUCAUGUUCUGUGCUUUACGCUGAUGCCUCCCACUGUGAUUACCCAAUUCAAUAGAGACUGUGUGAUUAUUCUGAAAAUCUCAGAUGUUAAGGUAAACGGACUUGACCGAGAAAUGUACUUUUAUUGAAAUGAUCUACAGCUUCAUAUUUUGUCGCUUCCAGCAACAUUUUUUCUUUUUUGCAAAACCUAAAACAUAUUUAUUACAUAAGCUCAUGUUUACAUUUAUUUGUGUGUAUGUUUACUUGCAUGCUCAUAUAACUUAUUCAACCAUGGCUGUGGUAUAGAGAUACAGUAGUGGGAGUCUUUCAUACACACCCUGGAGACUCCUGCCUUCAGUCUGUGAUAUUUGGUGGUCUCACACAAAGACCUCUCAUGUUCCGGUAGAGUUACAUAAAGUUAUGUGUGUGGGUUUUGUUCAGUAGAUCUGUAAGGAGAUACAAUAGUGCUAAGCUCUUAAUGAAACACAUGCUGUAGGGCCGUGUGGUGGGUAUAUAGUAAAUUUAACCGUAAAAUACUUAAAAUUGUGAGCCGAGGUUGUUGCCACUUAGUGGAGUUAUGUUGUGUUUAUACAGGGUGUGUCAAAUGCUCAGUUGCUCACACUCAUAUGUCAACAUACUGAAGAAUUCUUUUAAGGCAGGAGUGUAAGAAAAUUAACACAAAGGUACUGAGAGCAUUCAGAGGAGAUUAUGUGUAAGAAUUUAUAUAUGUAUAUAAGGUUAUGGUAAGUAAUUUAAACUUUUAAUUAAAUAAAAUUAAUUAGUGAAUUCUGACUGUGAGUACGGACUUUUGGGACACCCUGUACACUUAACAACAAAAUAAUAUAAGAUUUUUCAGUCAUUAUAAAGAAAACAGUACAUUAAUGGGAUUCGACUGACACCAUGUCUCUAAUAUUGGCAUGUGAUGUAACUUGACAUUUGACAGAGCAGUUAUAGUCUGUUGACUAUAGAUAUUAUGUAGAACUCCUUCAUAUAGUCAGUUAGGUCAUAUGCCUAAAUGUGUUAUAUUAUUGUCUCAUGUCACUGAACAACGAUUCGUCUGACAAACAUUUUGUUAAUUAUUAAUUACCCUGAUCUCUAUUGUUGAAUAGUGUUAAGAAACAUUGUUUUAUAUAAUGUUUAUCUUAGUUUUGUUAUACAUUUUCUAUGCAUUUCUACAAACAAAAAGGUUAAAAAAUCUACAAAAGUAGGAAUAUAUUUUGAGAAGAAAACCAUGGGUGCUUCGGUGAUUCACACAAACCAUAAUUUUGGUUACUUUCUCAUGAACAAUCAUAGAAUUCUCCGGAGUCUGGUCAGAAAACAACGCUUCGCCCCCACCCACACCAAAACAAUGGGAUUUUUCGCGGUUAUUUCAAUUCCUUCUCACUGUCGUUUAAAUGUAUGUUUUAAAAGUCAAAUUUUUGCUCAUGCAACUGGAAGAUGGUGUAUAUUUUUUUAUACAGGAUACAAUAUGUAUAUAGGUAUAGUAAGGCUGGUUAAAUGGAUAUGAUUAACGCAAUGUGUUACUGGAGAUACACAGGUAAAGUUGUAUGUACAGUACAUAGGAUAAGAUGUUUGAUUACUUGUUUUGUGUGUGUGAGCAUCCACAGAACAUUCGUAAACACACACACAAUCCACACCAGAGGUGAGGAGCCGUACAUUGUGUACACUUACAACACAAACACUUAAGCACAGCUCAGACACAUUCACAAACACAGCUCAGACACAGACACUCUCAGUGUUGUCACCUAACAAGGGUCUGGUCCACGAGUGAGUGAGGAAUCACCGGUUUAGUAGUUACUAUGGUGGGUGAGGACACACUGGCCAAGAAUGUGAACAAGUCAGGGUUCUCACACUAACUGCUGAAGAGGAACCAUUUUCAUCUUAGAUCACUCUGUCCAUAAGAACUACGAGUAUUUGAGUUAGAGGGCACAUGUAGACUAGUCACUUCCAUCUUGAGAUUAUUCAAGGGGGAACUUCUGAAAGGUUCUCUCGUAACUGUUCACUGCUACAUAAGAUAUUGACACCACCAUUUCACAAAUGAUCGCUGAACAUUUCUGCUCCACUAGUCUCAACCACAGCACAAGGACAACACAAAAAUAGAAGAACUGCAUAUGGAAUGCUGUAGCAGCCAACGUCAGUGUUACCCUCUGUGUGUACAGUUACAGCGCCAUCUUACUCAAGAGUUAAGAGCCAUCACACACAAGUUAUCCAUUUCAAUGAUUUUAGAAUAUACUGCACAGUACCUCUCAAGGACAGAUACAUAACUAGAACUUGAGUUUUUCUUUCCAUGGGAUGAAUUGGAAAACAAUCGCUAUAAUUCACACUGAUUAGCAGUAACAAAAUCAUCUGUAUCCUAUUUAAUUUGGCACCUUACUUGUAAGUGUGUAUGUGUGUGUUCCUUUAUAUAUACAUACAGUAUGUAUACUGUAUAUUGUAUCACAUUUCCUAUGUACUAUUGUGCAGUUAUUUUGUUCUUUAACUAAUAGAUAAAUAAAAUUUGAACUGCACUAAA